AUGAAUAAGGGUUUGAUUCUUUCAUUCUCCAAACAGUCAACUAAAUAAGACCUUGAUUAAUCCAUCAUUCAAGAAAAUUCUCCUAUAUUAAUGUUUCUCUAAAAAUAAAAAAAAAGAAAUAUCUUUUACAUAAGCUUUAAGGUUGUAGCCAUAUAGGUUUAACUAAAUCAUGCAUAUUACUUAGUAACUUAAUUAUCUAGUAAUUUUAGAUUGAAGUUAAUGAAUAUGGAAAAAAGUGGGUCAUGAGGAUUCGUUUUAGUUAGUUAUAAUAAUUUAACAAAAAACUUGUGCAAACUCUAUCAGAUUAAACUCACUCUUUCAUCCAGUUUUGUAUUUAAUAAAUUGAGACCUGA